AUGUUGGGAAUGUAUGUGCCAGAUAGAUUUUCUUUGAAAUCAUCUAAGGUCCAGGAUGGAAUCGGGCUUUACACGGCGAGACGAGUGAAAAAGGUUUGUUAUUUUGGACAGGACAACUUUGUAUGUUUUGGGUAUGAAGAAACUUACCAACGCGCAAAACUCAUUCGGUGAAUCGGAGAAAGGCAGUUUUCUGUUCGUAUUUUGGUUUUUUUGCGAGUCGUUCCUAAAAUCUCAAGCCAUAGCCUACUUGAAUGCUGCUCUGACGUGAAGUGCCACGUAGAUACUGUAACUAGCUCACUCCACAACAAUGCUCACUUUGAACUCAACUCUCGUGUGUUACACAGUAACACAUGUGUUGAUACAUUGUAACAUUGUUUCAUUGCAUAUUGCACUGAACACUUACGUUUCCUAUGCUGUCAUUUAACUUUCAUACUCAAAAUUAAUAUUGUAUUAUAGGCUAUUCCACAAUAUUGUAACCAAGUUGACAAUGUUGCAAACAAUGGUGGUUCAAAAUGGUGCAAACAAUGUUUUAUAUUGAAAGUUAUUAAACACUGCAAAUGGCCAGGCUACCUAUUCAUUUGGCAAUCUCACAUUGUUCAAAACUUUGAACAUGAAUGCUUCAUUCAUGAGGAACACAUCUUGAGCACACCCCCUCUUGUAGGGUCCAAAGUGAAACGCAUAGGAUGGAUUCAUGGACAAUACUAUGUAUUAUAAUACUAUAGUCCUAUACUGUUUUACACUAUUUUCUACUACAUUCUUUUUGGCAUCUAUUCCAUCGCACAAUUUAUAUCUGGUUGCCUUCACACAGCCCCUGACAGUUCUGGAAAAUACCUCUAGUAAAAAAGAAAGACAAGAAAAAUGAAUAUCCUGUAUCCUCAAAUUCUGACAAUGUGGGUUUUCUACAAGGGGGAAAAGUUUGGCCCUUUCGCUGGAGAGAAGAAACUGCCGAGUGAGCUGAAUGAGAGCACGGACACCAGACUGAUGUGGGAGGUGAUACUAACACAGACUUCCUCUACUCCUUUAACACUGCAGUCACAGCACAGCAUGUUUCUCUUCAUAAGCACAAUAGAUAGAUGCUAAAUAAGUAUACUUUAUAUAAUUCAAUAAAUAAUAUUUAUUUCUGUGUAGGCCUACUAUUGAAAUGAAAGGAUAAAUAGUUGAAUUAUGUGGCAGUUCAGAUACAGCACAGGUGAUGCUUAAUUGGAGAAGCUAGUUUGAUGCACAUACACUUGUUGACUGUAGAGUCUUGUUUUUGUAAUGAGUCUUGGUUUGGCAAACUCCACCCACAUCUUGUGCCUCUGUUAUUCAAAGUGCAAUUAUGUUUUAUUCCCAUCAUUAGGUUUAGAAUUUAUUUGAGAUAAGGGACAGGUUUAAUUACAUUUCAGAUCAGUGAGAUGAUGUGUUUAUUUACAAGUAACUGAUUACCUGUCAACCAUAAAGAAUUCAGGUGUGGUCUGAAAUUAUAUACUGAAGAAAAAAAAUAAACGCAACAUUUAAAGUUUCAUGAGCUGAAAUAAAAGAUCACAGAAAUGUUCCAUAUGCACAAAAAGCUUAUUUCUCUCAAAUGUUGUGCACAAAUUUGUUUACAUCCCUGUUAAUAAGCAUUUUUCCUUUGCUAAAAUAAUCCAUCCACCUGACAGGUAUGGCAUAUCAAGAAGCUUAUUAAACAGCAUGAUCAUUACACAGGUGCACCUUGUGCUGGGGACAAUGAAAGGUCAUUCUAAAAUGUGCAGUUUUGUCACACAACACAAUGCCACAGAUGUCUCAAGUUUUGAGGAAGAGUGCAAUUGGUAUGCUGACUGCAGGAAUGUCCACAAGUAAUGUUAAUUUCUCUACCAUAAUCUGCCUCUAACGUCGUUUUAGAGAAUUUGUCAGUACAUCCAACCGGCCUCACAACCGCAGACCAUGUGUAACCAGGCCAGCCCAGGACCUCCACAUCCGGCUUCUUCACCUGCCUGAUGGUCUCAGACGAGCAACCCGGACAGCUGAUGAAACUGUGGGUUUGCACAUCCCAAAGAAUUUCUGCACAAACUGUCAGUUGUCCUCAUCAGGGUCUUUAGCUGACUGCAGUUCGGCGUCGUAACUGACUUCAGUGGGCAAAUGCUCACCUUCGAUGGCCACUGGCACUCUGGGGAAGUGUGCUCUUCACGGUUGAAUCCCGGUUUCAACUGUACCGGGCAGAUGGCAGACAGUGUGUAUGGCGUCGUGUGGGCGAGCAUUUGCUGAUGUCAACGUUGUGAACAUAGUGCCCCAUGGUGGUGGUGGAGUUAUGGUAUGGGCAGGCAUAAGCUACGGACAACGAACACAAUUGCAUUUUAUCGAUGGCAAUUUGAAUGCACAGAGAUACUGUGAUGAGAUCCUGAGGCCCAUUGUCGUGCCAUUCAUCCACCGCCAUCACCUCAUGUUUCAGCAUGAUAAUGCACGGCCCCAUGUCGCAAGGAUCUGUACACAAUUCCUGGAAGCUGAAAAUGUCCCAGUUCUUCCAUGGCCUGCAUACUCACCAUACAUGUCAUCCAUUGAGCAUGUUUGGGAUGCUCUGGAUUGACCUGUACGACAGCGUGUUCCAGUUCCCACCAAUAUCCAGCAAACUUCGCACAAUCAACAGCCUGAUCAACUCUAUGCGAAGGAGAUGUGUCGCGCUGCAUGAGGCAAAUGGUGGUCACACCAGAUACUGACUGGUUUUCUGAUCCAUGCCCCUACCUUUUUUUAAAGGUAUCUUUGACCAACAGAUGCAUAUCUGUAUUCCCAGUCAUGUGAAAUCCAUAGACUAGGGCCUAAUGAAUUUAUUUCAAUUGACUGAUUUCCUUAUAUGAACUGUAACUCAGUAAAAUCUUUGAAAUUGUUGCAUGUUGCGUUUUAUAUUUUUUCUCAGUGUAGUAUAGUCAUCUAGUAAUCUAUAACUUUCAUGUUAUAUUGGAUAGAACCACAUUGUUUUAUAUCACAGGGUUUUUCAUGGCAACUGUGAUUUAGUUUGUUAAACUGCAUCUCCAGAUGAACAGAAAGCUAGAUCAAGAAGCUAGGUCUGUCUAUGGAAAUGAGACAUUAAUUCCAGCCAACAGUAUUUCAUGUUCUUGAUAGGCAUGUCUGUUCUCUGUUGCAGGUCCGAGGUAAUAAAGGCGAUGUGCUCUAUGUUUUGGAUGCCAGUAACCCUCGCCAUGCCAACUGGCUGCGUUUUGUCCAUCAGGCGCCAUCACAAGAGGAGAAGAACCUGGCAGCCAUCCAGGUACAGCCCCACACUGAAGAUAGUAACACCUUCAGACCUAUCUACAGGGAGAGACACAGAUAGAGCUGGGUAUCAGCACAUAUCUCUGAGAGAGAAGGGGGGAGAGAGAGGGAGAAGGAGAGAGAGAGAGAAAUAAAGAGAGAGAAGAUGGACAUCAGAGAGAAAGAGUCGAAGAGAAGCGAGGGAAAGUUGGUGAGAGUGAGUUGAGAUGGAUAGUGAGAGUGAAAUGAAGAUGGGGAAUGUGGAUUUUUUGUUUUGUCUGCCUGUGCAGACAGCUUGUAAGAUUGCACCAUGUGCUACUGAUCAAGCCUGCCAUAUCAAAAGGAGAUGUGAAGGUGGUUCUGUUUGAUGACCGUGUGAGAUGAGGCGUCUUUCACAGCUGUAAGUAACUCCCUCUCAAAGUGUCUGAACUUCCUAUGAAAAUCUUCUCUAGUGCUUUGUGCAUCCCUUACAUAAACAUUUAACAAAACUUGUCAAUCUCUGUGAUUAAGAUCAGAUUAAUUAUAUCCAUAAUCCCCCAAACACAGACAACCCAUACACAAUCAGAUCUAUUGGCCAAGGUCAUGAACACACACACAUCAUGUGUACAUGACCUUAGCCUAUGCACUUAAACACACACACACACACACACACACACACACACACACACACACACACACACACACACACAGACACACACACACACAGACACAGACACACAGACACAGACACAGACACACACACACACACACACAGACACACACACACACACAUACACACACACACACACACACACACACACACACACACACACACACACACACACACAGACACACACACACACAGACACACACACACACACACACAGACACACACACAGACACACAGACACAGACACACACACACACACACACGAGUCAGGGCUUGGCCUGGGAAAUCUCAGCUAGAGGAAAAGGAAAAAUCGCGGUAGAAGGGAAGAGGAACAGAACCUGUGAUCUUCUGGCUGAGGUUCUGUCGUUAAUGCCAGAGUGCUAAAAGUGAUCGCUUGUUCAAAGGUCAUUCAUGUGUGUUAGAGGUCUGUGUUACAUCAUAAGUGUAAUUUAUUGUGUUUCUCUCUGUUAAAUUAAUAUAUAUAUAUGUCUAUUCAUAAAUGCCUUAGCCAAAGGAAAAUGACGCUUUGAUUUGAUUAGACCGUGACCUUUAGGAUGUGGAAGUUAAUGAUGACAUGUUUAGGAGUUGGAGUGUUUGACCUCCGACCUUAAUCAAGCCUCAGCAGACGAGUGUCUAGGUUUAAUGAGUUCAACCUUCAGCGACCCCUUUUUUCCCUCUGUCUGUGUGUGUGUGUGUGUAUGGGAAUGAUUAUGGUUCUGAUCUCUCAGGACGGAGAGAAUAUCUUCUACCUGGCAGUGGACGACAUUGAGACAGACACAGAGCUGCUGAUAGGCUACCUGGACAGUGAUAUGGAGGAAGAGUCAGAGGAGGAGGAAGAGGAAAGCAUCGAAGAUGAAGAUGAAAACAGCAAAGAUGCCAAACAUCUCGUUGAAAUGGGUACAUGCCUAACAAAGUUUUACCUAAACCAUGUUUAUAAACAGUGUUUUGUCAGUCCAACAGUUUAUGCUUGAAGUGUGUAAUGCUUGCACACAGCUUAUACUCAUACACAGCUGAUAUGGCUGCAUGUGUGUGUAAUGUGUAAUAAUGAGUGUAUGUGUGCAGAGAGGCUGAUCAAGAAGGAGGACCACCCGUGCCUGCUGUGUGAGAGCAGCUUCCCUAGUGAGGAGAUCCUAGCAGCCCACCUCCAGAGCCUGCACCAGAGACCCAGUACCGAGGAGAAAGAGUACAAGUGCAGGAACUGUGGCAAGAAGUUCCCCAUCAAACAAGCCCUGCAGCGCCAGUGUGUAGCCUACGUCAUCUCUCUACUCUACUUACCUGACACUCUAUUGAGUUACACAGAAGUAUGCUACCAAAUGGGUCAUAUAGUGGAACUGACAGAUUUGCACAUACUCAGUACAUUUUGUUCAGCCUCUCUAUUCGUUUCCUGAUGUAGGACACCUGAACAUGUAGUAGUAUUUAUGUUCAUAUCUUUAUAGCCUACUCCUAUCUGACUCUGUAUACCUCCUUCAUUUUGCCCUCAGUGUUCUGCACUGUGCGGAGACCCUGUGUCCUUCAGGAGACUUUUUCAGAGCCCACCACCAUUGUUCCCUCUGCUACAUCACCUUCGGCUCAGAGUCCAGGUAGACCUACAUAACUAGAACACAAACAUACACACUAGCAUAAUAUGUAUACAGGGGCUGCUAUCUGUUCCUGUCUGAGUUCCUGUAUAUUUGAGUCACUGUGUCUGUAUUUCCUGUGUGUGUGUGUAGUUAUGACCAGCACAAGGAGGUGUGUAGAGGAGAUGCCAGGUUCAUCUGUAAGGCUGAGAGCUGUGGGAAGAGGUUCAAGAGCAAAGACUCUCUGAAGAAACACAAAGGGAACGUCCACACAGGUUGGUCUCCGUCUCACACACAUGCAAGUAUGCAAUGUAUACAGACACAUACCCCACACUGGUGAUGAAGUAGAAACAAGUAUCUGCCUUGAUCUUUUACCAGUCUGGUCAGUAUAGGGGUGUGUAGGCGAGGGGGAUGUGGUGUAGGCUCUAUAGAUGUGGCACACGUGACUCAUAAAUAAAUGGGUUGUUCCAUCAAUUUGGUGCCUUUUGAGAAGUGUAACUUGGUCCAAAGAAACAAAAUGUACAUUCUGUUAUAAAGAGCACAUGUUUAACUUAAUAAAAAAUGUGUUUUCCGAUCUCGAGGUUAAAUAAAAUAAAUAACUAAAGUAAGUGCCAAAUAAAGUAACAGGGUUGACCGUAACAGGGUUGACUGUGGCAGGGUUGACUGUAAUAGGGUUGACAAUUUCAUCUUGAGUCCCAUUGUGACUGGAGGAAUGGAAGCUUAUUGUGUGCAACAGGUAGUGGCAAUUGAAUGCAAGCUUCACAAAAUAUAUAUAAAUAUAAAAUAUAAAUUGUUAAAACAUUUUCUAGCCUAUCUAUGCGUAACAUGGUUGACCGUAACAUGGUUGACCGUAACAUGGUUGAUGUGUUAUGCUCGCCAUGCUCAGUUUUACUCAACAAAACACCAGCAAAUGCGGCGGCAGGUAGCUUAGUGGUUAAGAGCGUUGUGCCAGUAACCGAAAGGUCACUGGUUCUAAUCCCCGAGCCGACUAGGUGAAAAAUCUGUCGAUGUGCCCUUGAGCAAGGCACUUAACCCUAAUUGCUCCUGUAAGCCGCUCUGGAUAAGAGCGUCUGCUAAAUGACUAAAAUGUAAAUGGCCAGAAAGAGUAGAACCAGCUCACCUGCUUUUACACUAUGAUUUGACUAUUAGAUUUUCAAUGUUUUUUUUGUUGUUGUUUUUUUAAAGGAAAAGUUUGAUCAUAUUAAAAAGAGAGUUCAGUUCACGUAACAGGGUUGACUUUAAAAUGAGGGACAGACGUAAAUUAAUCCUUACAUGAAAUAAAUAAUAAUCUUCAGAAAUUAAUUUGUCAAAGCAGCAAAAUAACUAGGGCUUUACAAUCAUGGUGAAAACUUGGAGAAAUUUUGGGGUUAAGUGGGUAAAUAUCUUCCUAGAAGUCACAUGUAAAAAUGCUGAAUUUUGUUGAAAUGACGUGGAAGCAACGUUGAUUCAACCAGUGUGUGCCCAGUGGGCAGUGGUGGCAGACAGCCUUCAUUAGUGACCCUGUCAUGUUUAUGUUACAUUUUCGUUGCCCCCGACAGUCGGAAGUGAACAUACAUCUGGUAAUUAAACUUUGACCUCAAGUGAUUAUCUGAUAGAAUGUGUGUAUUUGUCUGCUUGUGCUUCCGAUGGAAUUGGCUUUGCCAUGAGGUGAGUGAUUAUGCUGUUCACUAACAUGUGGAAUGCCCUAACCAUUGUUGCCAUUGCUAGCCACCACAUCAUCACACUGUAGAUUGAGGCAUGAAAAGCAGGAUUGGUCACUCUGCUUGUCCAAUCAUUGUGUUUCAGGAAGUUCCAGGCGGAAGCUCAUGUGCACCAUCUGCAACAGGAAAUGCUCUUCCUUACUGAACCUCCAGGAACAUCGCAAGGUCAGGUUCCUACCUACUACCGCACUGUCUCACUUUUUCACUGUCUCUGGUUUACCCGUAUUCCUAGACACGUUUUGAUCCUUCAGAGAUCUGGAAGGACUGGAUAGGUGUAAGGUGUAUGUUGUAAUGGCUCCCAGUCCACUUAGCCCUCUGGUGUCUAGGGCCAGGGGCUAGUGGUUGGUUUCACUCUGGCCAUGUCUAUUCCUUUAAGCUCUAUUUCCUCCAUAUCCCUCCAUCUCUUUUUGUUCCAUUCCUUUGUGUCCCUGUCCCCUAAUCCCAUGCUCUCUGUCUCCUGUCUCACUCUUCUUCUGUCUCUGUAGGCGGUUGGCUUUAUGUUUAAGUUGUUAUAUUUUCAGACCGUGUGACAGUAGAGAAAGGUUGUUUUUUAUUUCACAAGCUCAUCCCCACAGACUCUCAUGAAACUUAACACACAUGAACUGGCGAGCAGACAAUAAGGCUUUAACCCUGGCGUCAGGAUUCUUCCUCUCAGAGAUGGACUUAGAAAACCCCCUGAAAAAUGACAGAACCACAGAACCAUUAUGUUACACUACUUUUAGAGAUUAAUGGAGGUAAGGUAUUUCCAUCACAAACUAUCUCACAGUGAAGCAUCUUUAUAUGCUUGAAGUGAAUUAUCUUGGAGAAUAUCUUUGCAGUGAGUUAUUUGAUUAUUUUGAAAUUGGUUUCGCUUCCCAUCCAAAUGAGGAUUUUAUAUUUAUGACCCGUGAACCCAGCUGGUGUUUGGGUGAGGUUUCAUAUUCCCUGUCAACAUCGAUCCAAUAGAUUAAUCAGAAGAUAUUAAUCCACUCUAAUGAACUGAACAGGGUCAUAAGAGAUUCAUAAUGAACACACUUCAUCAGCAAAGGUUAUGUUACUGUAAUCACUAAGACAUUUUUAGAUAGUUCUGGAACAGAUCAACCAACCAACCAAUCAACCAGCCAACCAACCUAUCAGUCAAUCAAUCAGGUUUUUCUUAUCUCUAAAAUUCCAUGCAAUGUAUUUGAAAAGGGAGAGUACAUUGCCCUAUUAUGACCUUUUCAUGCUGCCAGUGCCAGUCCUAUCAAUUCAAUAUGUGGCACAUAUGAACUUGAGAAAGGUUUAAGCAAGCUUUGAUGUGUUAAUGAUGCUCUAAUCAUCAGCCUUUGCCUGUGAGAGAGGCUCUUUCCUCAUUGACAGUAGACACAGAAAAUGUGUAUCGAUACAGGGAGAUUUGGGUCAGUUGCAACCCGAAUUCAAUGAAUGCUUCAUUCUUCUCUUGUAUGAAGUAGUUUAUUUAGUCAUACUUACAUGGCUUAUAUGUUACAGAUUUCAUUGGAACAAUCAUGUGCUGAGGUUUAAAAGACAUUAAGCAAAAAAAGAGGCCAAAGUUCUAUUGAACAGAAGACAUGUUACAGCUGAGUUAGAGACAGACACUUCAGAACCUAGCAUUAUGAUUAGUCAGAACCUAGCAUUAUGAUUCGUCAGAACCUAGCAUUAUGAUUAGUCAGAACCUAGCAUUAUGAUUCGUCAGAACCUAGCAUUAUGAUUCGUCAGAACCUAGCAUUAUGAUUAGUCAGAACCUAGCAUUAUGAUUCGUCAGAACCUAGUAUUAUGAUUAGUCAGAACCUAGUAUUAUGAUUCGUCAGAACCUAGCAUUAUGAUUAGUCAGAACCUAGUAUUAUGAUUCGUCAGAACCUAGUAUUAUGAUUAGUCAGAACCUAGCAUUAUGAUUCGUCAGAACCUAGUAUUAUGAUUAGUCAGAACCUAGCAUUAUGAUUCGUCAGAACCUAGCAUUAUGAUUCGUCAGAACCUAGCAUUAUGAUUCGUCAGAACCUAGCAUUAUGAUUCGCACAAGAGCAAUCAAACUUAGCAUUAUGAUACGUUUGCGCAAAAGCUACUUAAACCAGCCAUUAUUAUAAUUUGCCUGAACUGCACAUUCUUAGUUUUAUUAUAGAAGCUCUGAGCAGAGGAGCAAUUCAGUCUUAGUGUAUUGUAGCAUUAGACAGAAGAGCUAUCAAAUGUGCUAUUAUUCCAACCAUGCUGAGAGCAGAAGAAGGAUUCAAACUUUUCAGCAGUUUAAUUAUAUUUCUGUGUGCAGACUUAGUUGAGCAAGGAGUGAAAGAGUGUGUGUAUGUGUGUCUGUGAAUAUUCCUCUGCCUGCAAGUGUGGAAAAGGUUACACAUCAAGGUCACACAUUGUCAUUUACAGUACACAGCGUGCAACGAAAUCCACAAUCUCUGUCUCUUACAUAACCCCCCGUAUGUCUGGUCUGUUGGGUACUUUAUGUAUCUCCAGGUACAUGAGAUAUUCGACUGUGCUGCCUGCGACAAGAAAUUCAUCUCGACCAAUCAGCUCAAGCGCCACAUGAUCACUCACUCAGGUAAAAGAGCACACACACACACACGCACACACACACACACAGCUACACUCAGACAUCAUAUAUAUUCUCUCUCUCUCUGUUCCUGGUUAGAGAAACGUCCGUAUACCUGUGAGAUCUGCAGUCGUUCAUUCAAGCGUCUGGACCAGGUGACGGCCCAUAAGAUCAUACACAGCGAGGAAAAGCCCUACAAGUGUAAGUUGUGUGGGAAGGAGUUUGCCCACAGGAACGUCUACAAGAACCACAAGAAGGUGAGCAGGGAAUGGGGUCAGAAAGCUGUAGUCUCUUUUCAGUAGGACAGAAUGCUUCAACUACAUAAAAGGUGGAUGUGACAGAUUUAAAUGGGUGGUUUUUAAUAUGCAAGUUUUACUGAUGGAGAUAAUGCUGAAACUUAACAAGCACAUACGUACACAUAAACUAACAUACAAGCAUACUCUCACUGCUUCAGAGCUAACAUUAUUAGAGGUCUCUUCAGUUGUCUUUGGGGUUCUGUGGCGUCUGUGGCCUGUCUCCCCCUGAAGACUCCCAUGUUUACUUAAGGGAAUAGGGCGUCACUCAGACAGACAUGUGGGGGGCAGAGCAGGGUGCAAAUAAACAAACGUACUUUGAACCUAAGCCCCUCAAGCUACUUGUCUUCAUCAAGUCAACAUACCAAAUCAGCCAUGUAGCCUAACCCUGACUCUAACUCUAACCCCAACCCCAAUGCUCACACAUCUGAUCCCACAUCAACACAGAGACAGGAGACAGCGCUCAGAUUGAAUCAAGAGGAGAGAUGGACGAGAGGUUUAGAGGGAGUAAGAGAACAGAUGAGAUAUACAGUGCAUUCGGAAAGUAUUCAGUCCCCUUGACUUUUUCCACAUUUCGUUAUGUUACAGCCUUAUUCUAAAACUGAUUAAAUUAUUUAUUUUUCUUAUCAAUCUACACACAAUACCUCAUAAUGACAAAGCGAAAACAGGUUUUUAGAAAUGUUUGCACAAUUAUAAAAAAUAAAAAACAGAAAUACCUUAUUUACACAAGUAUUCAGACCCUUUGCUAUGAGGCUCGAAAUUGAGAUCAGGUGCAUCUUGUUUCCAUUGAUCAUCCUUGAGAUGUUUCUACAACUUGAUUGGAGUCCACCUGUGGUAAAUUCAAUUGAUUGGACAUGAUUUGGAAAGGCACACAUCUGUCUAUAUAAGGUCCCACAGUUGACAGUGCAUGUCAGAGCAAAAACCAAGCCAUGAGGUUGAAGGAAUUGUCUGUAGAGCUCUGAGACAGGAUUGUGUUGAGGCACAGAUCUUGGGAAGGGUUCCAAAAAAUGUCUGCAGCAUUGAAGGUCCCCAAGAACACAGUGGCCUCCAUCGUUCUUAAAUGGAAGAAGUUUGGAACCACCAAGACUCUUCCUAUAGCUGGCCACCCGGCCAAACUGAGCAAUCGAGGGCGAAGGGCCUUGCUCAGGGAGGUGACCAAGAACCCAAUGGUCACUAUGACAGAGCUCUAUAGUUCCUCUGUGGAGAUGGGAGAACCUACCAGAAGGACAACCAUCUCUGCAGCACUCCACCAAUCAGGCCUUUAAUGGUGGAGUGGCCAGACAGAAGCCAGUCCUCAGCCAGUCCUCAGUCCGCUUGGAGUUUGCCAAAAGGCACCUAAAGGACUCUCAGAUCAUGAGAAACAAGAUUAAACUCUUUGGCCUGAAUGCCAAGCGUCACGUCUGGAGGAAACCUGGCACCAUCCCUACGGUGAAGCAUGGUGGGGGCAGCAUCAUGCGGUGGGGAUGUUCUUUAGCGGCAGGGACUAGGAGACUAGACAGGAUCGAGGGAAAGAUGAACGGAGCAAAGUACAGCGAGAUACUUGAUGAAAACCUGCUCCAGAGCACUCAGGACCUCAGACUGGGGUGAAGGUUCACCUUCCAACAGGACAACAAUCCUAAGCACACAGCCAAGACAACACAGGAGUGGCUUCGGGACAAGUCUCUGAAUGUUCUUGAGUGGCCCAGCCAGAGCCCGGACUUGAACCCGAUCAAACAUCUCUGGAGAGACCUGGAAAUAGGUGUGCAGCGACGCUCCCCAUCCAACCUGACAGAGCUUGAGAGGAUCUGCAGAGAAGAAUUGGAGAAACUCCCCAAAUACAGGAGUGCCAAGCUUGUAGCGUCAUACCCAAGAAGACUCAGGGCUGUAAUCGCUGCCAAAGGUGCUUCAACAAAGUACUGAGUAAAGGGUCUGAAUACUUAUGUAAAUGGAAUAUUUCCGUUUUUUAUUUGUAAUACAUUUGCAAAAAAUUCUAAAAAUCUGUUUUUGCUUUGUCAUUAUGGGGUAUUGUGUGUAGAUUGAUGAGGGGGGAAAAAACAAUUGAAUCCAUUUUAGAAUAAGGCUGUAAUGAAACAAAAUGUGGAAAAAGUCAAGGAAUACUUUCCGAAAUGCACUGUAUUUAGGGGGUGUCAGGGCCCCGCAUUAGCUCUGUUAGCUGUUAUGAAAUACUUAUUUACUCUAUAUCAGUCAAUGAAAUAGAACGGAAGGAAGGUGUAUGUUUUGAUGGUCUGCUAACUGGUAUGUUUAUACCAAGAUAUGUAGAGAGUGGUAGUCAGAGGUAGGUUUCAGUGAUGUUGUGUACCAACCGUGAAUGCUGUCCUGUUCUUUCUCCAGACUCACUCAGAGGAGAGGCCGUUCCAGUGUGAGGAGUGCAAGGCCCUUUUCCGCACCCCCUUCUCUUUACAGCGCCACCUGCUCAUCCACAACAGUAAGUAUGAGUUUGUGUGUGUAUCUCUCAGAGUGUGAGAGUGGUUUCAUACUACGUGUGUGACUCACUGUAGCCACUAGUACCUAUGUUCAGGGCCCCUACAACACAUAAGCAUACGGUUCCCAAAUCCCCAUAGAAUAUAUAGCCCCUAGUUCAGACCUCCUUUUAGCAUCAGAUACUGAGGGCUCCACAACCUCCUCCUGGUCCUCUGUGUUGUGGUCCUCCUAGUCCUGAGUGUCAUAGCCAGACAGACAGACAGACACAGCGGUCCUCCUAGUCCUGAGUGUCAUAGCCAGACAGACAGACACAGUGGUCCUCCUAGUCCUGAGUGUCAUAGCCAGACAGACACAGUGGUCCUCCUAGUCCUGAGUGUCAUAGCCAGACAGACACAGUGGUCCUCCUAGUCCUGAGUGUCAUAGCCAGACAGACACAGUGGUCCUCCUAGUCCUGAGUGUCAUAGCCAGACAGACACAGUGGUCCUCCUAGUCCUGAGUGUCAUAGCCAGACAGACACAGUGGUCCUCCUAGUCCUGAGUGUCAUAGCCAGCCAGACAGACACAGUGGUCCUCCUAGUCCUGAGUGUCAUAGCCAGACAGACACAGUGGUCCUCCUAGUCCUGAGUGUCAUAGCCAGACAGACACAGUGGUCCUCCUAGUCCUGAGUGUCAUAGACAGACAGACACAGUGGUCCUCCUAGUCCUGAGUGUCAUAGCCAGACAGACACAGUGGUCCUCCUAGUCCUGAGUGUCAUAGCCAGACAGACACAGUGGUCCUCCUAGUCCUGAGUGUCAUAGCCAGACAGACACAGUGGUCCUCCUAGUCCUGAGUGUCAUAGCCAGACAGACACAGUGGUCCUCCUAGUCCUGAGUGUCAUAGCCAGACAGACACAGUGGUCCUCCUAGUCCUGAGUGUCAUAGCCAGCCAGACAGACACAGUGGUCCUCCUAGUCCUGAGUGUCAUAGCCAGACAGACACAGUGGUCCUCCUAGUCCUGAGUGUCAUAGCCAGCCAGACAGACACAGUGGUCCUCCUAGUCCUGAGUGUCAUAGCCAGACAGACACAGUGGUCAUUGAGGACUGAGGAGCCCUGCAGACAGUUGGUCUUGGCAGGAUGGAGUCCUGCAUGGUCUCCCAGUCUAGACUGAUGACACAGAGAUUGUGAAGCUCAAGGCAUUUCCUGCUUUUGUCUCUGGAGACAGAUCACUAUUCACACAAGUCACUAGGAUACUGGGCCAUGGGGCUGGGACUGGUAUUAUGUAUCAGGUGCUUAAGUGUGUGUGUGUGAAAAAAGAGAAUAAGAGAAACAGCAUGUGGGAAGAAAGUAUGGUAAAGUCUGGGGAGCCAGGCCCAGCCAAUCAGAAUGAGUUUUCCCCACAAAAGGGCUUUAUUACAGGCAGAAAUACUCCUCAGUUUCAUCAGCUGUACGGGUGGCUGGUCUCAGACAAUCCCGCAGGUGAAGAAGCCGGAUGUGGAGGUCCUGGGCUGGCGUGGUUACACGUGGUCUGCGGUUGUGAGGCCGGUUGGACGUACUGCCAAAUUCUCUAAAACGACAUUAGAGGCGGCUUAUGGUAUAGAAAUUAACUUUAAAUACUCUGGCAACAGCCCUGGUGGACAUUCCUGCAGUCAACAUGCCAAUUGCAUGCUCCCUCAAAACUUGAGACAUCUGUGGCAUUGUAUUGUGUGACAAAAUUGCACAUUUUUGAGUGGCCUUUUAUUGUCCCCAGCACAAGGUGCACCUGUGUAAUGAUCAUCUUCUUAAUAUGCCACACCUGUCAGGUGGAUGGAUUAUCUUGGCAAAGGUGAAAUGCUCACUAACAGGGAUGUAAACAAAUUUGUGCCCAACGUUUGAGAGAAAUAAGCUUUUUGUGCGUAUGGAACAUUUCUGGGAUCUUUUAUUUCAGCUCAUGAAACAUGGGACCAACACUUUAUAUGUUGCGUUUAUAUUUUUGUUUAGUAUAUAUACAGAGAGAGAGAGAGAGAGUAAGUCUCUGUGUAUAUGUUUAUGUGAUGUCUGUGUCCACUUGUGUGUUCCCUUCACUGUGACAAAAUGAAGAACAGCUAUCAUAUCAUUUUUACUUGAAAUAAAGUUGUUGUUUUAAAAUCAGUGGAACACAGAUUGCACCUUUUAAGUAGGGUCAAAUGUCACUCUGUGGUAAGCCCUCAGUGUGUGUUACGAUCCUCAGUGUGCUUGUGUGUGUGUGUUUGAGUAUCCGUGUGUGUCCAAUUGCGUGUGUCCAGAUGUGUUUCUGAAGGCUUUAUUGAAUGAACAAUAGCCCUUCAUCUCUUCUCAUAAUCAAUCAUUUGUUUGUGAAUGACUUAAAACCUCAGCAUUAAUGAAGGCAGUAUUUAAAGGAGUCCCUGACAUGAAUAUUAAUGGAGAGAAGGCUUUUAUUGGACCACUAGACCAUUAAUGGACACAGGCGUCUACUUGUGUCCCACUUUAUUGUGCUGACCAUCAUGUUCAUUCUUCGUAAUGGGAGAAUAAACACACGUUUGGAGCCAACACUCAAUCUGCCAAGCAAACACACACUAUCCAAACCACUUGAUGGAUACCAACCCUCUGAUCCCCCUAUAAUGGAAAGAAGCACUUCUCAACAAUAGCCUCUGUUGUAUGGAGUCACUGAGUUAAGGUGUGAAGAAUAACAUCAUGCUGUAGUUUAUAUGCCUCUGGUUGGGAACAGCUGAGAGUUCUGCUUUUGUUUAAUGUCAGAGUGAUGUCUGGUGUUUUUAAUGUUUUUAAAUGAAUGAAUAAUUGAAGUGCUGGUUGCUGUUUUUGUUUUAUUGCUGUAAAAAUAGAGACCAUUCAAAGAGCAGGCAUCUUGUAUGUUCACCGUCCUUCUGUUUCUGUCCUCUCCUGCAAUCUGUUGCUAGGGAAGGAUUCAAAAUGAGCGUCAUUUUAGAAAAAUGUUUUUUUUUUUUUAUAAUACUGUCCAGAACAUUUGAAAAUAGCAUUGUAGGGAGCAGCAACAUAACACACAAUGUUCUUUAGCCCAUACAAUUAUCCUGGAGAAUUAGUUUUCAGGCCUACUGUGAGUGAUAGUUAUGCUUUUAGAAGCACAACAAUGGAUCCAUCUCUUUCUUUAAGUAGGGUCUCUUCCUCCCUAGAAAUGAAGAGGGUGCAGAAAAGAGAGUGACGGAAAGUGUCUCUUUCUUUACUGUGUCAUCUUUUGUCACUUCUCCAGGUGAGAGGACAUUUAAGUGUGACCAAUGUGACGCCACCUUCAAGAGAAAAGACACGCUCAACGUGCACAUCCAGGUGGUGCACGAUGGACACAAGAAGUACAAGUGUGACCUGUGUGAGAAGGCCUUCGUCACCCCCUCUGUUCUCAAGAGCCACAAGAAGGUGAGUUCAGCAACCACAGCCAGUCUGACAUACUGUAGAGCCCGGUCCAGACAUUGUCAAUCUUUCCCAGAGAAAAUCCUCUUUCAAAUAAUUACCCUAUGUGUGUGUGUGUGUGUGUGUGCUUUUUUCUACAUUGUUUUCUAUGUAUGAAUGUCCUUCGAAAGUUAAAGGAAAGUAUAGGAAAUUGACAUCGCUGUUUUCUUGUUAUCUCUCUUGUACGCUGGACUGGAACUAGGCUACAGUAUAUAGUCAUCCUCCACCAUUGUUCCUCACGCAGCCCAGGAAUCAUCAGGACUCUGUUUGUAAAUUACACAUGGCAUUUAGUCCAUUAGCUCCACAGGGUUUCAAAGUACAGGACAGAUCCCAAAGCAGAUUACCAGCCUCAAUCUGACAUUGUCCGCUUGGGUUAUGGAUCAGAUUGAGACCAAACUGUUUCUUGGCACAUGUCAAAAGAAAGACUAAAACAUAACAUGGCCUUAGUACAGUAGGACUGAAGACAGACUGGCACAUGAAUUGUCUCUCUCUCCGGUCGGUGUUCAGAGACUGUGGACUUCUGAGAGAGAGCUCUGCUCUGGCAGUGAUUAAAGACAGGUGGCUGAGCCCAAGAGACCUGGCUGGGACUGAACACCAGACAGUGUCCCAAAUGGCACCCUAUUUCCUAUAUAGUGCACUACUUUUGACCAGGCCCUGGUCAAAAGUAGUGCACUAUAUAGGAAACAGGGUGCCGUUUUGGAUGCAACCCAGAGGUCUGACUGGGGAUCUGGGAAAGACACUGAGUACAUGGUGCACUGUGUGUUGUACUACACUAUACGUUUUACAUUUUAGUCAUUUAGCAGAUGCUUUUAUCCAGAGCGACUUACAGUUAGUGAGUGCAUACAUUUUAUUUAUUUUUUUCAUACUGGUCCCCCAUGGGAAACGAACCCACAACCCUGGCAUUGCAAACGCCAUGCUCUACCAACUGAGCUACACAGGACUAUAGAGAGCACAGUCUUUAUCCUCCAUUUCCUAUUCCACUCAUGACAGGAGAGUAUGGAUCGUCUAAAUUCUGUAUUCUGAGUUUAUUUUCCUCCAGGUGCUGUCUGAGUGUCCUCUCCACUGACAGGUCGAUCUGAACAUGAACAGUAAUGACGUGUUUCUCUGGCAGCCCUAGUUUAGUCUUCCUCUCAGAACAGCCUGCAAUUGCCGUAAACAUUCAUAGAUGUGUGUAGGGGAGACCGGGGGAAAUGGUCAAAUGUUUUCUAUUUUACUCUAUUGCUCAGAGACCACUUGAACUAGGCCAGUCAUUUCUUGAUAUAAUACACUUACAUCUGUCUCCUAAUCAUUCAUACCAUUUAUAGGUCUGUACAUAAAACAGUAAGAUCACAAUAUGGAUUUUAAUCCGAAAAGUCCGGACGUUACAUUUGCCCUGUGCCAGCGGCAAAUGUAACACCUAAAAAAAUAAACUAAUAAAUGUACUUAACUUAAAAAACAUUCAUGUUUAUGAAUUAUCAUAUUAUCAUAGACAUAUGUAAUGAUUUUGCAAGAAAUAUAAUUAUUUCUAUGUACGUAACCAAUAUUUACUGUAACACCCAUGUUUGUGCAUGGCCAUUGGGUUCCUCUCAAAACAUUUGAAGAGUUUGAUGGUGCCCAAUGAUAUCUGUUUACAGCUUCUUUGGCACUCUACAGGACCCAAAGGCUAAAGUUAGUUUUUGUAUAAUGAAUGUGUAAUUCAUACAAUCCAAAACAAAAGCAUAAUUUGGCUGCUUGGCUCAGGUUCAUUUUAACACUGCAUUACAAUUGCCCCCAACCCAGCAGCCAUGACAACACAUAAUGUGCCUAGUAAGAGACAACAAUAGUGACACAUGUCAAUGUUUAGUCAACAUACAGUAUAGUGAUACAAAUUAUGCUAGUUUGAAUUCUUGGGCAUUAAUGCUCAGGACAGUAAAAGAAAAAUACAGCUGGUCGAAAAAAACAAAAACAAUAAUUUACCCAUAAAACGUGCACAUUGUGAGAGCAGGCAGAGAACCUAAAUGGGCAUGUAAUGAGAGAGUUUCAUCCCUCUAGCUUGUUUCAAGGUGAUACAAUUGCCCCCUGUUACAAUUGCCCCCUGUUACUCCCCUACAUGGAGCAUGUGUUUUCUCUGUAUCUGCCAGGCAGUGUGUGCCUUCGACACCAUGAACCAUCAGAUCCUCCUCUCCACCCUCUCAGUGCUGGGCGUCUCAGGCUCUGCACACUCUUGGAUUACAUCCUACCUGGCAGGCCGCUCCUACCAGGUGACGUGGAGAGGAUCUGUGUCUGUACCACGUACUCUCACUACUGGUGUCCUCCAGGGCUCGGUUCUAGGCCCUCUCCUCUUCUCUCUAUACACCAAGUCACUCGGCUCCGUCAUAUCCUCACAUGGUCUCUCCUAUCAUUGCUAUGCGGAUGACACUCUACUACUUUUCUCCUUCCCCCCUUCUAACACCCAGGUGACGACACGCAUCCCUGCAUACCUGGCAGAUAUCUCAGCUUGGAUGUCGGCCCACCACCUCAAGCUCAACCUCGACAAGACGGAGCUGCUCUUCCUCCCGGGAAGGCCUGCCCGCUCAAAGACCUCUCCAUCACGGUUGACAACUCCAUAGUGUUGCCCACCCAGAGUGCAAAGAACCUUGGCGUGGCCCUGGACAACAAACACCCUGUCGUUCUCUGCAAACAUCAAAGCAGUGACUCACUUCUACCUCACACAGGAAGCGGUGCAGGUCCUAAUCCAGGCACUUGUCAUCUCCCGUCUGGACUACUGCAACUUGCAGUUGGCUGGGCUGCCAGCUUGUGCCAUCAAACCACUGCAACUUAUCCAGAACGCUGCAACCUUCCCAAGUUCUCCCUGUUACCCCGCUCCUCCUCACACUCCACUGGCUUCCAGUCGAAGCUCGCAUCCACUACAAGACCAUGGUACUUGCCUACGGAACAGCAAGAGGAACUGCACCUCCCUACCUUCAGGCUCUGCUCAUACCCUACACCCCAACCCGAGCACUCCGUUCUGCCACCUCUGACCUCUUGGCCCUCCCACCCCUACGGGAUGGCAGCUCCCGCUCCGAUCUUCUCUGUCCUGGCACCCCAAUGGUGGAACCAGCUUCCCCCUGAAGCUAGGACAGCAUAGUCCCUGCCCAUCUUCUGAAAGCACCUGAAACCCUACCUCUUCAAAGAGUAUGUUAAAUAAUCCCCCUCUUCACCUCGACCCCCAAACCCCCCCCAUCCCUUCUAGCUAUUGACUUUGCUGAUAGCUACUUUAUUGAGGAAAUAUUAUUUUUGUUUAUGUUUUGUGUGUUAAAAAAUGACAGCGGUGAUAGCCAACUUAUUUAUGUCACAUCCAUACUAUCCAUAUUACAAGGAUGGUUUAAUGAUUACGUCUAACCCCAAUACAUUAAAAAGUUUUGUUUUGGAACAUAAUGUUCCCCAGGGAAAACUAUGAAGCCUUUUAUGAAGUAAGAACACCAGUUAUAUUUCUCCUUGUCCUACAAACAACAAACCAAACAAUUGUACAUUGAGGCAUCUGGAAGACAUCUGUCCCUGUGUGUCUGAGAGAGGGAGAGUGAAGGAAAGGGCUUAUGUAACAUAACGCCGGUGGCGUGGGAUGCAGGGGGUGAUGGGGGAUGGAGAGAAGAGGUGGAUAGAAAGGAAAGGUGGUAUUCCUGUCUGUAUUGUUGUACUGCUGUUUAAACUGUCACUCAGGAUUUGAGCGUCUUAUACUUGUGUUUAUUCUGUGGAAUUUACAUCAGGCCAGCAGCAGAAUUCACAACAUACCUACCAGCAGAGAGAAAGAAAGAGAGGGAGUGAAGGAGAAGAAGGAGGAAAGAGAGAGGGUGAGAAACGUUUAGCCUUGCUGGGGGGUGCAGCACGCUCCUCUCUUUGUACACAAUCUCUUUGUGUGUGCAUAUAGUGCCCCCCAGUCUGGAGCGCAGAGAAAAGACUGACCUGAGUGUGUUUGAGGAGCGAGGGCAGAAAGCGGGAUGAGGAGGAGGAAGAGAGGAGGAGGAGAGGAAUGCAAGCAGACCAGAUCUCUCUGGUCUCCACCCUGCCCCUCACCCUUCUGGCUCUUUGACUCUAAUGAUAGGCCUGCAUCGUUUGGAUUCUUUAAUCCAGCUUCCAGGAGAAAUACUUCAUUGAAACCACUAGUCAGCCUGUAGGGUUCCCAUGUAGAGCCUGUAGAGUUCAGAGCCUGUACAGUUUUCAUUGGAGAGCUGUAGAGUUCAGAGCCUAUAGAGUUCCUAUUGGAGAGCUGUAGAGUUCAGAGCCUAUAUAGUUCCCAUUGGAGAGCUGUAGAUUUCCCAUGAACACCAGUGUCUAGUAACAGUGUCUAGCGGUAGCAUGCACACUAAUGUCUAGCACCAGUGUGGUCUGGUCUCUCAGUGGGGUAGAUGCUCCCAGUGCUGAACAGGACCUCUGGUUAAAUGACUGACAUCAAAUGUUUGUCAGAAGACCACCCUUGAAUGCACCCUGAAAGGGGGUUGACUUUGAGGCUUUGUAGCUUUUGAGUGACAAUAUACAGUAUAUUAAACAACUUUGAUAAUUUAUCCAACACUUUAUUAAAAAUACUUUGUAAAUGGUAUAUAACAAUGGGGCAUUUAAUUGGACUUCAAGAGCUUCUCUGUUUAGUAUCCAAGUGUUUUAGCAGAGCUCAUAGUAUCCAAAUGAUGCGUAUGCUCUAUCGGUGAUCACUGUGUGCUCUGUAAUGAGGGAAAGUUGUACCACUGAAUGUUCCAAUUGUCUUUCCUAAAUACCAACAAUAUGUUUUCUGAUCUUUUCCAUACCAGACGCACACAGGGGAAAAGGAGAAGAUCUGCCCAUAUUGCGGACAGAAGUUUGCCAGCAAUGGAACUUUGAGGGUCCACAUCCGCAGCCAUACA